UUUGGAAUUACAAUGUUCUUAAUAUACUUCUUGAUUUUAACAAAACCUAGGACAAAUGUUAAUCAAACCAAACUGUUCAAAGUUACUUUAUAACACAUUCCUAUGAACACACCAUACACACAGCAAUAUCUAGCAAGGGUGUCAAUUUUUCUUUAUUUUUAAAAUCAGAUCAUUGAAAGAAGUUAUUUACUACAAAUGACUCUACACACACACGCACACACACACGCAAACCUUUUUAAAGAAACGCUAGAACCCAACCCCCUUUAGGCCAGAGGAAAACGUUACAGCUGUACACGCACUUGUGCCUGUUGCCGUAGAGUAAUACGGUAGCAGCAGGAGAUUACGGUACUAGCUGGGCUACUGCCUGUGUUACGUCAGCGAGAGCUGCAAAGUUCCUUGCUAUUCUUUUCUGGUGUCGGGGAGCUGAAUAUUAAAAGGGUGAUUGUGGAGUUAUCGGUUAUCUGUAUUUUUUUUUUUCUUUUCCUAUUUUGACUCUUUUAAAAAAUGCAGGUAAAGUGACAGCGGGCCAGGAGCUUAAAGACAUCGCUGGUGGAGGGGUGAGUCAGCGGGUGCAAAAGGACAAGGAUUUGGUUCCUCGGAGAGACGGUCCCCUCUCCGCCUCCAGAGAAGAGCAGGCAGGCAGCUCCCGGGACCCAAGCCGGGUCCGCCUCCCACGCUCGCGAGCUGGUGGCUCAGCAGCGGCGCUUCAGGUGAGUGCGCCGGGGCGGGCGUCCCGCAGGGCCGAGUGGGUGACGGCAGACAUCCCCCGCAGUCUGGUGGACGCGGUCAAACGAUGCCCGGCAGCCGCCUGCGUCUCAACACAUAUUUCACACCCACGUCCCCUGGCCUGUGCUCCUAGAAGCUGGAGACAGCAGAAACCUUCGGUGGGGCAGCUCAAAAUGUAGGUAACUGCGGGCCAGGAGCAGCGCCCAGAUGCCAUCGGUCCCUGCCUUUGAGCGUCGACGGCUGAUCCUUUGGUUUGUGGGGGAGACUGGCGCUGGAAUUUUGAAUUCCGAAUCAUGUGCAGAAUGCUGAAUCUUCCCCGAGCCAGGACGAAUCACACAACGCGGAAAAGCAGACUCUCGUAAUUUUGGAAUUGCAUGUUGCAAGGAGUCUCCUGGAUCUUCACGCCCACCCUCGGGUAGGGAGGGAGUUGGGGUCCGGGCUAGGCCAGCCCAGCAGGUGGAGAGGGUCCCGGGCAGCCCCGCGCGCCCCUGGCCAUGUCGCCUUUAAUGCCCUGCCCCUUCGUGUGGCCUUCUGAGGGUUCCCAGGGCUGGCCAGGGUUGUUUCCCACCCGCGCGCGCGCGCUCACUCCCAGCCAAACCCAGCUGGCAGGGCUCCCUCCAGCCGAGACCUUUUGAUUCCCGGCUCCCGCGCUCCCGCCUCCGCGCCAGCCCGCGGGGUGGCCCUGGAGAGCCGGACCUCGCCCGGCCCCGGCUGGGACCAUGGUGUUUCUCUCCGGAAAUGCUUCCGACAGCUCCAACUGCACCCAACCGCCGGCACCGGUGAACAUUUCCAAGGCCAUUCUGCUCGGGGUGAUCUUGGGGGGCCUCAUUCUUUUCGGGGUGCUGGGGAACAUCCUAGUGAUCCUCUCCGUAGCCUGUCACCGACACCUGCACUCAGUCACACACUACUACAUCGUCAAUCUGGCGGUGGCCGACCUCCUGCUCACCUCCACGGUGCUGCCCUUCUCCGCCAUCUUCGAGGUCCUAGGCUACUGGGCCUUUGGCAGGGUCUUCUGCAACAUCUGGGCGGCAGUGGAUGUUCUGUGCUGCACCGCGUCCAUCAUGGGCCUCUGCAUCAUCUCCAUCGACCGCUACAUCGGCGUGAGCUACCCGCUGCGCUACCCAACCAUCGUCACCCAGAGGAGGGGUCUCAUGGCUCUGCUCUGCGUCUGGGCACUCUCCCUGGUCAUCUCCAUCGGACCCCUGUUCGGCUGGAGGCAGCCGGCCCCCGAGGACGAGACCAUCUGCCAGAUCAACGAGGAGCCGGGCUACGUGCUCUUCUCAGCGCUGGGCUCCUUCUACCUGCCGCUGGCCAUCAUCUUGGUCAUGUACUGCCGCGUCUACGUGGUGGCCAAGAGGGAGAGCCGGGGCCUCAAGUCUGGCCUCAAGACCGACAAGUCGGACUCGGAGCAAGUGACGCUCCGCAUCCAUCGGAAAAACGCCCCGGCAGGAGGCAGCGGGGUGGCCAGCACCAAGACCAAGACGCACUUCUCGGUGAGGCUCCUCAAGUUCUCCCGGGAGAAGAAAGCGGCCAAAACGCUGGGCAUCGUGGUGGGCUGCUUCGUCCUCUGCUGGCUACCUUUUUUCUUAGUGAUGCCCAUUGGGUCUUUCUUCCCUGAUAUCAAGCCCUCUGAAACAGUUUUUAAAAUAGUAUUUUGGCUCGGAUAUCUAAACAGCUGCAUCAACCCCAUCAUAUACCCAUGUUCCAGCCAAGAGUUCAAAAAGGCUUUUCAGAAUGUCUUGAGAAUCCAGUGUCUCCGCAGAAAGCAGUCUUCCAAACAUGCCCUGGGCUACACCCUGCACCCGCCCAGUCAGGCCCUGGAAGGGCAGCACAAGGACACGGUGCGCAUCCCCGUGGGAUCAGGAGAGACCUUCUACAGGAUCUCCAAGACGGAUGGUGUUUGUGAAUGGAAAUUUUUCUCUUCCAUGCCCCGUGGAUCUGCCAGGAUUACAGUGUCCAAAGACCAAUCCUCCUGCGCCACAGCCCGGGUGAGAAGUAAAAGCUUUUUGCAGGUCUGCUGCUGUGUAGGGCCCUCAACCCCCAGCCUUGACAAGAACCAUCAAGUUCCAACCAUUAAGGUCCACACCAUCUCCCUCAGUGAAAACGGGGAGGAAGUCUAGGACAGGAAAGAUGCAGAGGAAAGGGGAAUAAGUUUAGGUACCCACCCCACUUCCUUCUCAGAAGGCCAGCUCUUCUUGGAGGACAAGACAGGACCAAUCAAAGAGGGGACCUUCUGGGAAUGGGGUGGGGGGUAAACCCAACUCAUUAGGCAGUGGAUAGGGCACAGGGAAGAGGGAGGGUUUCUCACAACCAACCAGUUCAGAACGAUACGGAACAGCAUUUCCCUGCAGCUAAUGCUUUCUUGGUCACUCUGUGCCCGCUUCAACGAAAACCACCAUGGGAAACAGAAUUUCAUGCACAAUCCAAAAGACUAUAAAUACAGGAUUAUGAUUUCAUCAUGAAUAUUUUGAGCACACACUCUAAGUUUGGAGCUAUUUCUUGAUGGAAGUGAGGGGAUUUUAUUUUCAGGCUAAACCUACUGACAGCCACAUUUGACAUUUAUGGGGAGAGGGCUUAGAGAGGAAGAGCAUUAAGAUGGUGGCCGAGAUCCAGACACAUUAUUUUUAGAGCAAGUUCUGAAACUCCACCCUUUCUGACACAUCCAAUUUCUCAGCUUGAGGGAAACUUGACAGUGAAGUUUACCUUUGGCUGCACUUUGAAUGGAUGCUGCUCCUCAUUUCCCAAAGAUGAGAGUGAGGGGCACUCAUGAUGUCUCAGAAUGUAGCAUUCUCUAUCCUGGGGUCAGGAGAGCGUUGAAAGAACCAACCAGGGCGGUAUGGCUUUUCCCAAGAGAAGACAGUAGACCUGAGCAUCAUUCUUUCAAUUUAACUACUAGAGAGAAAAUCCAUUAAACAGUUCCAAGAUCAGAUGAUGAUAGGCUUUCUCUCUAAUAUCUUUAAACAUCAAGAGCUUGGGGUGGCUGUUAAUUUCUUGCAAAGACAGAGGCUGUUCACUUACUGCACAGCCAUUUCAACAUGGCUUACAAAAGGCUUUCUUGACAAAUCACUUACCUGUUCCAGAACUCUGUUAUGAAAAUCCAGAGCUGAUAAUAUUUUGAAAGGCAAAACAUUGUCUCCCAUUACUUCUCAUCUGCUUCACUAUUGCAUAAUGAAUGAGCUUCACCUGUGGCAUGUUGGAAUGAGCCUUAUGAUCCAAAUACAUUCUUCCCGAACUUUGAAAUAUACUAAUGCUUAGCUUCAGAGAGAUACUGAUGGAUCACCAAAGAACUGUCUAAAGCAGGAGUUUGCAAACAUUUUUUGAUAGAAGCCCAUUUGUUCUGGAAAAAGAUCCAGUAGUCAACUCAACUUCAUCUAUUCCUACUUUUCUGCAAGAACUUGGGGAACAUGCUAUAUUUUGCUUUAUGUGUACCAAAUUUUGGUAAACCAUAACAACUCAGUACAGAACUUGCGUAUCUCUUUCCUGAAAUGCUUGGAACCAGAAGUGUUUCAGAUUACAGAUUUUUUCAAAUUUUGAAAUACUUGCAUAUACAUAAUCAAAUAUCUCUGGGAUGGGACCCAAGUCUAAACACAAAAUUUAUUUAUGUUUCAUAUACACCGCAUAUGCAUAGCCUGAGGGUAAUUUUAUACAAUAUUUUUAAUUGACUGUUUUGGACUACAACCCAUAGACAUGAGGUCAGGUGUGGAAUUUCCCACCUGUGGUGUCAUGUCGGUGCUCAAACAAUCUCGGAUCUUAGAGCAUUUUGGAUCUCAGAUUUUCAGAUUAGGGCUGCUCAAGCUAUAGUUUACUAAUGAGGAAGAUGGUAACUAUAUGCAAAAAUUAUAUAUGGCUGCCGUUCCACAAUAAGGAUUUAAAAUAGGAUUUAUGUUUUUGGAAUAAUUCUUGACAACAAUCAGUGGUCUAAAACUAAAGACCAUUUGCCUAGCCUCUUUCCUCUAUUAGGGUAAUUCCUCCAAGAAAUUCAAAGCAGCUCUAACCUUCACAGCAAGAGUAGUGGCCUCAACAUCCUUUUCUUCUUCCCUUGCAGCAAAAUGAUAAUUUCCUUAAAUCCUUCUAAAAAAACAAAUCUCUUUCCACGUUGCAAUGGAGGGUAUGUUUGUAUGUUUAUUUGAGUUUUGUUAUAGGUUGUGCUGAGACCUGGAGCGUGACUGUUUUUUCAGCCUUUUUCUGAAGAGUAUCUUCUUACUGGCCAGAUACAUAUUCAGCCUUGUGUUCAGAACUUGGAUUCUGGCACUGAGAUGUUGGCUGGAUUUUUAGACUCUUCUGUUCUCUCUGUGUGUCCCAUAAGAGCUCUGCCAGAUGUGGAUGUCCUAUUAUAGAGGCAGGCAUCUAGGAAGAAAUUGAAUAUGCAAACCCUCGCUUCUCUUUGGCCUUGAUAGGAAAGAUCAGUUUCAUUGCUGACAAGAGUUUGGUCCAGAAUCUGAAUAAGAAAAUCACAUGCCCCACUCCUCCUUACAGAAAGAGCCUCCCCAUGGGAAGAAUGACUAUCAUUUUUCUUCAGCGAAUUAUGAUUCCAUGUUAGAGAUGAUCCUUUAAACACCUUUACAGACACAUUUAAAUUUUAGAUAUGGGAAAGCUUAGAAACACAGGAAAUCUGGCACUAAUGCCACAUCUAAUCUAAAUAAACAACUAGAGAAUCUUUCGGUCAUCAGAUUAAAACCAUGACAAUUGUAUCCAUGUAAAACUAUCCGUAAAUAAUUGUCUGCUACACUCUUCUCCAGCUCCCUCUCUCCAGGGAGGUAAACUUUUAACAUUUUUUUCCUUUCCCAUAGCAUGAUACACCAAUUUUACAAGAAAUUGAUAACGUCAACCAAAACUUAGUCAAAGUGGGGUAAACAAUAUAUGAGUUGAAUUACUUUUAGCUCAUUCCCCCUAAAUCUCUGUACCUUUAGGCAUGCCAAAAAAUAUCUAAAAUUGUUGCAGUUUAGCAAGUGAUUGUCAUAUUUAUACUCACAAGUUUACUGCUUCUAUUUGGAGUUUGAGGAAUUUACCCAGAGUAACGAUGUCUUCUCUAAUGUGUUAUAAAAAGUACUUGCUUUGGGAUUGUCUAAAUAUCACAAAAAUCAACAUGACAUUAUGGGAUAGAGAAAAUUUGAGUUUAUUCUGACAUUAUGGGAUAGGGAAAUUUUGAGUUUAUUCUGCAACUCAAACUGCAUGCAUUAAGAGAGACCCUGAAUCUCCUUCUUCAAAAAUUUCCCCAGACUACGUCAAGGAUUUCAGAAAAGCAUUUUGCUCGUCAGUUUUCUUUCGUUUGCCUCUCUCAUGUCUUAUCCAAGAGGACUUCUGCUUGUAGUCACAUAGCAUGUCUAACACUCUCCAAAAUAUUCAAAAAUAAAUAUUCCAUGGUAGACAGUAGUGUUUGGGUAAAUAAAUAUUCUCUUAAGAUUUUUCUGUUAGCUCAUACUGUGUGCCAGGCAUCUGCAGGAAAUUUUGCACCCAUUGCCUCUAAACUCCCUGGAAACUCUGCUACCCCUAUUUUACAGAUAAAAAUCCCAUCAUUGUGAGAAGUUAAGGACUUGCCCAAGGCCAAGGGGGAACCAUGAUUUAAACCUAGGUCACCCUAUUCUCAACCUGCACAUUUUCCAUAUCCCUCCUUCCUCAAGAGAAUGGGGGUAAAAGGUUUCCCAUUUGGAUUGGGUGUGCUGAGAAUGCCAAGCCAUAUUCAAACUUCUUAAUGUUCUGUUUCCUUGGGAUUUGCCUCCAAAUUAACCAUGGCAAACAUGCUGCCAAAUCUCCAGCCCAGUCAAACCCAAGAGCAGGGCAUCUGUGGAAGGGUUUGGUGUCUGCACUUCUAACUAUCAGACUGCACCACAUUUUUAGGAGUUAAUGGCCUGGAAUGUGAUUAAGGCCUUGCAAGGAGGACAUACUAACGGCACGUUGGGGGAAGAUGAGCAUAGAAGAGAAUGCAGAAGGGGCCGCAUUGGCCAAGAACAGUAAAAUGCAGUUGCAGACAGGACACAUAUCGGGUGUUGUAUUGAAGUUAUUGAUGACCAACCACAGUUCAUAGAAACACUUUCGGGGAGUACAUCCGUUUUAAAAAUAAAUGAAAACAAAUACAACAUAAGUCACUCUCACUCACCUGUAUUCCAACUACGUUUUUAGUUGGACAGAGGGGAAUGGAUUUUUUUUAGUUGGACAGAGGGGAAUAGAUAUUUCACCAAGAAUUGCAGAGAACAUAUCAAGCAUGUGAAUUUUAUAAUGCCACCAUGGGGAAAGGGUUCAGAAUGUUGAUCUCCAGGUAGCUGGAGACUUAGGCAGUCUGAAAAUUAGGAGCCAGUUGGAAGUUAUGGCUAUGUAUUAUGUGACAUCGCUUGUUCCUAAUUUCUUUUCACAAGUGAACACUGGAUAGCCUGACCUUCUGGCCCAGUAGGUUUCACGGUUAAGACCUGGGAUGAGAACAUUUUAGGAACUAUUUGCUUGGGCAGGUAAUUGUUCACUCUUUGAUCACGGCCACUCAAUCAGAGCUUGACAGACUUUUUCAAUUGCUUCUGGGGCUGGUCUGCUCAGGUCCUUUAGCCAAAAACGAUGCUGCCUGUGUGUAUGAAUACUUGUUGACUUAAUUAAAGAAAGAGUUCUGCUCAUCAGCAAAGGGCACCCAAGCAGAUGGGAGGUAAACUCUCCAAGGUAAACUCUGCAAGGAAAAACCAAGUGAAAAGAAAGCAGAGGAGGCAAAUACGGAGACAUCAGAGGUAUGCUUACCCGUUACUCUGAUUUUUUUUACACUACUAGGACUUUUAACCAUGAAACCACCUGCGCACAGCUCCAGUGGAGCCCAGUUGGAACACUGUUUGCACCGCUCCGUGUCUGCAGACUGUGCUGGGGAGCUGGGCUGAGCCAGGCUGCUGUGGUGCCCACCAUCUUCAGAAAGCAAUGGCAGCUGUGGCCUCCUGGCCCUCCAGAACCCCUGGGAGUGGAGUGAGUGGAGAUGACCGUUGUGGGGCUGGGCUGACAAAAGCAAGUUAGGAUUUCAGCGGAGGACACCAGCCCUGCUCCCAUCAGCAUUAGCUCAUUCGUGCUCCCCAGACCCAAAUGUCGUGAAGGAGGGGUUGAGAAUGGGCCGUAUCUACUCUAUGCAGGAAAUUGUCUUUCUGCUUUGCUGCUGAAACAUGCAUUACUGGUUCUCCCACCUAAAAGGAAGGUUGUGGGGUUUGGGGGUGGAGGGGUUUAGAAGCAGGAAGAUUUACCAUAGACAUCGCUCAAAGCAGGAUGGUUGAGUCAUGCCUUGCUGCAACUGAUAAGCAAGGAACUGCCCUAAAGAUUAUGGCUUAUUCAUUUCAAAAGACAAAAUAAUUGCCUUUCCUUUUUGUGUGGCUCAGGAGUUAUUACUUUACUUUUUCUCCAUAUCAUAUUCAGUGGAGCCACGUUAUAAGCUGAAAAUGACUAUUACUAAACUAUAAAAACUACAGACUUAAUUAGGCAGAAAAUUUAAGAGCAAAUGUACACUGUAUUUGGAGAAAAAACAUGAAGGCACUGGCUUCUUCAAAAGCCUGGGUCCCACAGGUGCAUUCAAAUGCAGUAGAGAGAAAGCUAAGACAGAAAAUCCCAACUUGAGUUUACUAUUUCUGUCCAUUUAUAUAGCACUUUAUAUUUGUCAAAGUAAUUGUGCCUAUCUUAAGUCAUCCCUGUGCAGUAGAAGGAGAAGACAUAGAUUAUUACCUACACUUUAGCAUAUAAAGAAAAGAGGAAGUGGGAGAUUUAAGGGUUUAUUUGAAUAUCCCCAAAGCCAGCCUCCGACUCCUUUUUCCAUGACACCUCAAUGUUUCCCAGGUCCACUGUAUUUCUCGACACUCUGACUUUCAUAUCUCACUCAUUUGUCCCUGACCUAUAAUCCCAGCUCUAUUGGCACUUUCUCUCCCACCUUAUCUCUGCCAUGGCUGGGCGGCAUGCCACUGUUCUAGGGACCAACGGCAUAUUUGUCUAUGCUUCUGUCAUCGACUGACGGACAAGCACAGGUGAUUCUGUUCUUUCUCCCUAGAUGGCAGCAGCGGAACCAAGGAAAUAUGCAGGGCAGGAGGCUCUUGGUUUGCUCCACAGGGUGACAUGUAAGGCAGUGAUUGUCACCUUAAUGUCCUCAGGAAUGCAGAGGUCCCAAAGGGAGUUUGGGGAAUAAUUAUUUUCCCGGUCAGCCUGUGUGUCAUUGCACACCCACUGGUUAUCAGCAGCAGCAAACGACCUCUCCUGCACCCAGCCCUGCACUUGGCAUGACAAAGAGGCACAGAGAGUCCCCAGCUUACAAGCUGGAUGGAGUCCGGGUUCAUCUAUUUCAAAAUCAAGAAAGCAUUUUUCCAAGAGGCAUUGUUAUAAAUGGGGGAGGGGGAGGAUGUUCCCAGAUGAACCAAAAAAUAAAAAUCUAUUUAAUGUACCUUAGGAGUUUGCAAACCUUUUCUGUAUGUGACUAGAUAGUAAAUAUUUUAGGCAUCGUGGGGUCAUACAGUCUCUAUCACACAUUCUUAUUUGUUUAGCCUUUUUGGGGGGUGGGGGAACAACCCUCUAAAAUGUAAAAACCCUUCUUCUCUCAAACAAAACAAACAAACAAAACCUGGUUAGGCUGCAGGUCGGAGUGAGCUCAUUGGCCAUAAUUUGCCGUCAUGAUCUAUGCCAUUACUAGCUAACAGUGUAGCACAGAUGAUGCUAAACAAUGGGUUUCGGUGUUCAACAUACAAAUAUUUUUUCAUAUGCCAUUGACACAAUUCCACUUGGCUAAAUUCAAGUUCUCAGCCUGCAUGAGUCGUUGGAUAAAGUGACAAGUCCAUAUUCAGAGUGGCCCCACUCCAUGAAUUGUUGUGACCUUCCAAGCAGGCAUCAGGAUACGAGAUGAGCCUCUGCCACCCCCACUGCUGUUGUCUGUAGAGCAGGAAGGUACACUGGAGCCCAGGGACCCUCAACAUCAUUCAGCUCCUCACCUCAUCAGGGAAACCCCCACAGCACAAUCUGGCUGACCCUAAGAGUAGCAAUAAUAAAUACACACCUCUUGAGCAAGGCCAACCUGAAAUUCCUCCCAGACCCUUGGGACCUGCCCAAGUGGAGGUCCCCAGAGGCCCUCAAGAGAAUUUCAGGGCCACACUUGGCUCCUUGAGUCCUGGACAUGGCACCCCACACCAGGGCAUUUGAGGGCCUGCCUGGAGCUCACCAAGAAGAGUCAGGGGGUUCAGAAAGCAUGCUGGGUAUGACAGGCAUUUCCAAACGACAGAUAGGAUGCAGAAUUUCUCUCCUCCUUUUUCUCUUCCUCUUCCUCCUCCUUCUCCUCCUUCUCCACUUCAUCUUUUCUUAUUUUUCCUUUCUCUUUGACUAACUGGAAUAGAAAUGAUAUUACUAUGGGGAAGCAUAUUUGUCCCUCCCCUGGGAAUACCAGAUUCAUGUUUCCCUGAGCUGACACACUUUGUUGGAGGGACCUCUUGUUCCUUCCUCUCUCUUGCCCUGGAUGGGCAACAAGGAAGAGAAAGACUUUCCCAAUCAGAAAUAAGGUGCAGUUCCUGCAGCCAAAGGCACAGUGUUCACAGUGUUGAGAGAGGAGACUCCACAGCAGGGCUCUGGGGUGGGGCAUGGAUGGUGGUGGGUGCAGAACUGAUAUGGAAGAACCUGGAAAUACUGAGGCCAUUCAGUAAUAACACCACUGCCACCUUGGGCUGAUGACACAUGACAGCUUCCCCUCCCUUCCCUUCCUUGUCCCCUGUUUGGCCUUGGUCCUGUGCCCUUUCAUCUUUCCCAUCUCCUUUCCUGAUCCCAUCCUCUCCAUAAUUCCACUGUCCCCUUCUUGCUAAAGUUACAAACAGUGAAAGAAGCUGGGGUGGGUGCCCUUCCUCCAGAGGGUGCCAUUUCCCAUGGAAUCCAUGCUCCAUGCAUAGCUCUGGGUGAUGAGAUGGGGCUGCCCUCAGCAACUCCAUCCUCUUCCCAGGUCAGCCUGAUUCUGUGAGCUCCAGGCCCACAUCCUCCAGAGAGCCCAGGGCAGGAGAUGGUGCCAGGAGGGUGAGGACAUUCUGAAGGCCCCCAUGGACUUUUACCCUCUGCUUGCAGUGCUGCCUUUCUGUUCUUAUACAAUUGCUUCCAAGUACAAACACAACGUGCAGCCGCAUAUUAGAAAAGAGUUGGUGGUCAGAGUGGGUGGCUGCAGUAUUUCUAUCAGCCUCCGUGGUGUGCACCUCUUACCACUCUCUGAUGGUUCAAAAGUCUCUACUGAGCCCAGCAAAGUCACCUUCUCUUUCUCUUCUUCUGCAUCUUCUGUCUCUUGCCCUUAUUGUUCCUUUCCUGUUGACUUUCCCUCUUAAGAGCGCCUGAGGGCCUUCCAGGCCUUGAUUAAUCCCAUAAAGUAAAGCUGGUUUUAUGAUAGCAUUGAGCAAUGCUUAACCCAUCGGAAUGUAUACCCUAAGCAAAACUGUCAGCCAGGCAAAGGGUGUUCUUUUUCUUCUGGUGCGCUGCUCUUUGUCCCUGUCCCCAGCAGCCCAUCUGCUGCUGGAACUUGUUCACGGAGUCCUUCUGCCAACUCAUCGUAUUCUUGUUCCAGGAACUUUUCUGCUUUAAGUAAAGGAUCUUCUCCCAACCAGUAUGCUCCUGCUUUUGCAGAUACAGCACAGCUCCAUGCAUUUCCAGCUCCAUCAUAUUAGUGUCCUAGCCAAUCAUAACAAACAAAUGGGGUGGCUUCAACAACAGAAAUAUAUUGCGCCACCAUUCUGGAGGUUGGAAAGUCCAAGAUUAAGGCGUUGGCUGGUUGUUUCCUGUGAGGCAUCUCUCCUUGACUUAUAGAUAGAUAUCUUCUCGCUGUGUCUUCACAUGGUCUUUCCUCUGUGCAUUUCUCUGUCCCAAUUUCUUCUUCUUAUAAGGACACCUGUUUUAUUGGAUUAGGGUCAACCCUCAUCACCUCAUUUAACCACACCAUGCCUUAAAAGGCACUAUCACUGAAUACAGUCACAUUCUGAGGUCUUGGGGACUUCAACAUAGGAAUCUGUGGGAGACUCAUUUGAGCCCAUAAGGACUCUCUCCUCACUCUCUCAUUUCUGCCCAUACAAAAUGUAUCCAUAAUUCUUUUCCCAGAUUAGAAGUUUAAAUUCGGCCCUUUCUGAUCAUUCCAAUUUCUCUCCAAAUUCUUAUAGCAAUUGUUUGUAGAAUCUAUUUGGCAACUAAUUCUGUAGUCUAUUGUAAUUUUUCUGUUGUCUUUAAAAGUCUUUAUCUAUUUAAAGUAUUUUAAAGGGUACCUUGUAUACACUGUACUUAUAUAAGUCCUGUCUUCUCAACUAGAGGAGAACUCCUGGAUGGCAGCAAUGGUCUGUCACUUAGCAUGCCCAUGACAGUACUCCAGCCCCUAAGCAAACAUGGAGAGAGGGGUGCACAGCAGAACAAGUAAUAAGAUCCAACCACUAGUUACAGAUAGCAGCUGGGAGGCCAGUCCCCAGGGACCUGGAAACAUCAGAAGAUCCACCCAGAAAGGCUCAAGUUGAUGACCCUGAGGAUUCUUAGGGACAGUAAGAUCCAGUUAGGGGUGCAGAGCACAGCAGUGGGGAACCCCAGGUCAGCAGUGGGGAAUCCCAGCCAUCUUGAGUCAAGUGGGCAUAUGCUUACCCAGAGACAUCUGCACCUGAGGAAGCAGAGCCCCAUCAUUAAAUAGGAUAGACCCUAGACUCCGAGAGGAGGGUGAGACCGAACAAGAUGGGAUAAGAACCAACAGCAGAGCCCAAUCUUGGGAACUGGGGCAUUGAGGACCACAUGAGAGCCCUGUGAUCAUGCUGGGGCCCCCGUGCCAGUGAUAGGUGGGUUAAGGGUAUAUCAGUGCUGUCUACCCUGUAUCACACAACUGGCUUAAAAAAUGGGUGCCAAAGAGCUUCAUGUAAUUUUCCUCUACUCUUCUCAUAGCCUAAAACUGACAGAAAAGAGGAAAGGAAGCUGCAUUGUUUGGAUUUGAUAUGAGGAUGUAGACAGCUAGGCCCUGCUAAAAGCUGUCUUAAUUUCGACCUUCUGAAGACCACCUCCCACUCUUAAAGCCUAAGCCUUCGUGAGCGCAAUAAGACGGUCCUGCUGCCCUGCUGCCCACUCUGCCUGGUCUCAGGGCAUCCUGGCCUGCACACCUUGUGCCUCUUGAAAAAUUCCAUGCCAUUUCCACUUAAUCACCCAACCCAAGAGCCUUGUAUUGCCUCACAGUGUUUCCCUGACAGCCACAGAGUGAUAUAUUCUCUUCUGUCCUGGUUCCUGCUAAGAAGCAACGAGCAUUUAUCCUCAUUUGAAAGAAUCAGGACUGUUCUAACUGCAUUGCACCUGCUGUUGUGUUUUCUGGGCAAGACACCAUGCCGCUGUGGCCGCCUAUCCCCCUCCUUCCUCCCUGGGCACUCUCAGGUUGCAAGUGUUUCUGCUUCCACAAUAUCAAUCACAUCAGAACACCUUUGCUGUCUAGAGUCACGUGAUGUACCAACUUUAGUCCAAUCUGGAAAUGACAGGGGGAAAAUCACAUCAAAAGGAAAAGCCUACAAAAGUAUUCAGUCUAUUCAAGCCCAAAAGCCAUCCAAAACCAGGUUCGAAUAAGUGUAGCAAUGGCUUAUUGAUUUAUCUUUAAACAUUGCAUUUCUUCCACUCCCUUGUCUUCAUUCCUGUUGCUAAAUGCAGCCUUAUCUUUCAUAAUGAAAAGAGUUUGACUAAUUGAAGUCUCAAGAGAUAGGAAGGUUGUGGCCCAUUAAUCAAAAGCUGAGCAUUGGGUAAAGUACUUCGUGCCCCACAGUGCCUCCCCUAGUCAGUCCUGGAGUCAUAGCAGAGGUGACAGUGGUUGUAAAGAACAGAGAAGGAGGGGAUCUUGAUGAAUGUGGUGGGGAAUGAGCAGCUUGAAUCUACAAAUAAGGAUGUCCAAAGUCAAUCUGACAAGUAGGAAGGCUAUUAAAAAGUACUUCUGUGAAGUAUUUUUAAGAUCAAAGCAAGCAUUACAAAUAUUUAAAUAACAAUCUAUUGCUAGUUUUCUACAUACUUUAAACAAAAAGAGUCAAACUUUUAUUAGGAAAUAAUUGAAUAAAAACUGAGGUCCGUUGCUUGCUCUCAUCUCCAUUCCCAGCAGCUUGUCUGGCCCCAACUUCUUCUUCUGAACAUCAUACACAACCCUGAUAUUUAAACUUCAACAAGUGAGAGCUGACAUUUGUGCAACAGAAAUUCUGCCUCAGCAUUUAAAGCUGAAUCAAAAACACAUGCUUUCUUCAUCAGAUGUGAGGGAAAACAAACUAUUUUUAUCUCUGGGUAUAACAAGUCACAAGCAAUUCACUCUCCAGUAUUAACACAGAAACUUAACCCAAUAUUGCCAACAAUGAAAUCAUUUUGCUCCCUAUAAUGCAUCCAUGAUGAUUUAUACAAAGAUAAAGUUUAAAUAGUAAAAAUGGUAUUUUCGGAGUAUCCACUACAUGCCAAGAUUUUUGCACAUGGUAUGGUAAGGUAUGAGAUUUCAUAGUCACAUUACAAAAGAAAUAUUUUCCCAGAGAAUAAAUACAUUAUGGGUAUGAGACGAGGAAAGUAAGUCAAGUCUGCAGGGAGUUUUGAAAAAGAGAAAGACUGGAAAGAACUGUGUUCUCUUCUAUGUUCUCCUGGUGUUCUCCUGUGCUCACCGCUUAGCUUGCUAAACGUGACCUUCCCAACUCCACUCCAAGGUCCAUGCUAGGAAGGGCACUGGAAGGAUCUGGAAAAUGGUGUUGAGAGAAGACCAAUGAUGGACUAGGAGUCACAGGCCUGGGCUUCAUUGCAGUCCCCAUCUCUGUACCUAUUUAAGAGGCCCUAAACAAGUCAUGUGACCUCUCUUGAGCCAUUUUCCUCACCUGUGAAAUGGGAUUAGCAGAUAAAAUUGUGUACAUGAAAUGCCUUAUGAGCUGAUAAAGCUAUAAAAUCAUAGUAGGCCCCCUAUAAAUGCUAGCACUCUUUCCCCGUCUUCAUUUCCCCUCUCAAAUGCCAUCUAAAUAAGACGCAACUAUAAAUUAGAUGACCUUUAAAGUAUCUUCAAGCACUGAAAGUGCCAUGUGCAGGAAGAGAGAAAAUAAGUCCUUCACUUUCCUUUGCUCUUUAUCUCACUUCAGGUUUACAUUUCCAGGAGUUGGUCAUGCCCACCCGAAGACAUUCAUUUCUCUGUAAUUAGAAAGCAGGUCACAAAGCACCUGCUGCACCGUGGGUCAGGUCCUGUCAUUCCUGCAUUCAAUGUGCUAGGCACCAAAUCCCAGCUCUCAGUUAUUCCCCACACCACGCUACUUUCUUUGGGUUGGAAAUAUCUCCACCUGGAAAAUUUGUCUUAGCUUUUAAAAAUCAGGCAAACUGCACGACUUUGAAGAUUUCCACCAAGCUCUCUGAAUUGUAGACAGGCCAGAACAAGAGUAUCCAAGGCUGGUGUUUGUCAUCUUCCUCACAUUGGCUACUUGCUUAGUAAUAGAAAGUAUUUUAAGUUAUCAUAGUUGUCCUAUGAAAGACACUACAUAAAAUGCAGUCAUUAUAGAAAAGGUGUGUGUGUUUGCCUUUGUGUGUGUGCGUGCGUGUGCUUAUAUAAAUGAUGUUAUGGGAAAGAGAAGUAGUUUUGACCACUGGAAGGCAGUACAGCAUUUGAAGCAAAACUAAGAUGUAACAUCAUCUAAGGAAAUAUGGGAUGAGCACCUCUGGGCUUGGGCAACUAUUGGAAGUAAAUGUUUACAAGCCAAAACCGCAAAUUCCCAAUCAUGAACAGAGGUCGUUUUGAUUUCACUGCAAGUUGAAGAUCACUAUAAUACCCCCAAAGGCUGGCUUUCACAUCAUCCAAGGGUCACGACUCAUGCUACAUUGAAGCGUAUGAGUGUCUGCUUGUGUCACAAACCUGACAGAGCAGAGGUGGGGGGUGGGGGAAAUGGAAGCAAAAGGGACAGCCUUGACGCUGCACUUCCAGACUCGCAUGGAAGCUCCAGGUCACAAUCUUAGUUCCAAUUUCAGGUUCUGCCAGUCAAGUCUAGACAUUUCUGGGGCGCCCUUUAAGUGGUCUCCAGCAGCCUUCUAGGCAGGUGGCUUCAGAGGGAGGUCCACACUGCAAGCUCAGCUCACCACAACUCAGGCUGACGGGGCAGUCAGCCAUGCUCGGAGGCUGAAUUUGGCAGGGACUUGCUGCCAUCUCCCUGCCAAAUGGUCUCUCGUGACUCAGAAUCUCAAAAUUGUUUUAAAGAGAGGAAAAAAGUCACUUUCGGGGAUGAGGUUCUUGGCCCAACUCUGCUUUAUGUAAACACAGUCUAUGACUAUUUCAGUCUUCUGGAUUUUGAGAAGCAGCUGCAAGGAUGAACGGAUUGGUGUUGGCCCAAAUUAAAAAGAAGAGUGUUCAGUUCUUUCAGUGUUUGGAGGAAGAAGACCAAAAGCAUCAUCUCACAGGGAGCAGAAUGUGAGCAGCCUAGCUAAUGAGAAAAUUAGAGGGAUCCUCAAUUUGAGAAGAACCCACUCUACCGGAGUCUGAACUUGUGAAAAUGGACACAUUGGGUCUGGAGUAAGAAUUCUUACUCUACAAAAGGGUAAAAUGUGAUCACAUUGAUGCAUGAUGCCUAGGAUAUUAAAAAUGCAUGAUUAAUUAAAGGUUAGUCUACCUUGUGUUUUAAAGGGACACACACCCAUAACAUGAAGCCAGCUUCCUGUCCACGACUGUUGUCCUUACUGCCCAAGGAAGGGGAGCAUUUGAAGCAAAUGCACGAGUGAAGCAAACCCACCACUCAUCCUGUGAACCACUGUCUUUGGAAUCCACCCCAGGAGCCCAGGAGCCUUGCGUGUCACAUGGAUUUACUUCUUUAUCAAGAAUCCUUCUGACUAAGGUACAAAUCCAAUAUAUUACUGUUGCUGAUGCAAGAAAAACGUAACUUAAGGAAUGAUCAUGAAUGCAAAGGGCAAGAGGAAAAGAGCCUUCGGAGACAAAUAGCUCGAUUUUUUGUAAAUCAGUUUCGUACAACCUCCCUCCCCCAUUUCAUUCCUAAAAGUUAACUGAGAAUGAUCAGCCACGUGUAGGGUGUGAGGAAUUCCAUAAGGCACCCCAGUUUCUUCAAUAAGUAAAUGGCAUUUUAAAAAGGGGAACUUUUAUGGGUUAAAAUAUUCUUAAGAGAUGUAUUCAUCAAGUAUACUGUAUAAGCGUUGUUCAUUUAGAUCUUUAUUAAAACAAAGUGUAAAAAGACGUUUUUGAAGUAAUUGGAGAAAAUUAAGAAUAGGCUGGGUCCUAUUAGAUGUUAGAUAAUUAGACUGUUACUUUAAAUUUUAUUGGAUGUGAUAAUGGCAUUGUCCUUAACUGGUAAGAGCAUAUCAAAGUAUGUUUACAAUUUGCUUUAAAGUUUUAUUGCCAAAAGUGGAGAAGCAAGGGUGAUAGAUGAAAUAAGAAUGGCAGGCAAGGCCACACGCUGUUCUUCCAUGUUUGUUCAUGUUUGAAAUUUUUCAGAAUAAAAUAUUUUUAAAAGGAAAAAAAGGCACAUUUAACUUGUAAAAGUCAGUGUCCUUUGAAUUCUGGAACAUUCAUAGACAUGAAAAUCAUGCUGCAAAACAAAAUCCCCUUUGUUCAAAGAGAGCUGCUGUUGCACUCUCUGCUCUCUCAUUUCUUUAUUCACUCUAUAAUAUUCAGUGUAGGUUGACUGUGCUCCAGCGCCAAGUCCAAGGGGUGGAGAAUAACAAGGGCAGAGACAUAGUCCUUGCCCUCCAAGCAUCUAUGAUAUUGACACAGUGCCAUGGGAGCUUGGUGGAGGGCCUCAGUCGACUGCAGAGUUAGGCUUCUCAAAAGUGGUGAUCUCUACGGUGAGUCUUGGAGGACACAAUGGGGUGGAGAACAGAAACAGUUGUUCCAGGCAAAGAAGGGAGGAAUCUGUGCAAAGGCCCAGGGGCUGGUAAACCUUGGGCGUGUGCUGGGGCUGCUGCCUCCUCCCAAAUGUCGGGGCACAGGGCAGUCAGUCUCACUUAUCAUGGUGACCACUUGGCUCUACAAACCCCCACUGCCCAACUCCCCACAGGCAAACCACACAACUGCUCUUCAUCUCACUCUUUUUUUAAGCCAAGAAAGAACUCACUGAAACAGCCAGUCGGUGGUGAGUCCAAGGCUUUCCUGACAGAGUGACCAUGUUUGGCUUGGCUGAAAAUCACAAAGCCUUGGUUUCCCAGUUGUCUGAUUCUCUUUGUUCUCAAGGCCUGGUGCAGCAUUACAGUGGGAUGGCUAAACAGAAAAAAAAAAAAAAAAAAAAAAGGAGGUCUAUUUCUCUCUCUUCACACAAAUAAAUAUUUGCUCAAGAAUGGAAGUGCCUAAUUCUUAAGAAUAACCAAAUGCUUUGGACGUCUAAACAAGCAAAUCAUAUACAAGGCAAUUCAGUGUUCCUACUAAUUGAGAAAUUGUUUUUAGCAAGAAGAUGUUCUGCAGCACGUUUUUAAAAAACAAGUUUUACAACAACAACAACAACAACAAAAAA